AGAGUGUGCAGUGACGGAGCAUUUUUAAUCGCAUGGCCUCUGUUCGAAUCACUCAAAGACGAACAACGACCAUCGAAUGAGAUUUUGGCGAUUUGCAUUGAAUGGAUACAAAAAGGAACGUUGAUCGAUUUCAACGCACGAUUGGAUUCAGUUCGAUUGCUGGCCAACUGCGCAACGGUGACGAGACGUAGCGAUCGGAAUGCGUUGAAGAGAAGACUGCUUUCAGUAGUUGCAUAUUUUGAGCAGUAUACAAAGGUUAUUGCGUUGAUUUGGUUUAAGUUGAUAAGUGAGUGA